UUGUCCGCGGCGGCGUGACGGGGGAAGGCGGAGCUCUCUUCUCGUUUAGCUGCCUUCAUUCCUCCUUCCAACCUGCAGUGAAGAUGGUCUAUCGCCACUAAAGAAAAAGACGCGGAGGUAUAUAUUCUCUUUUUUGCACGGUGGGCGGAGAAGACGGAGAGGAAGGACCGAGGGAAGGAUUGCGGAGGCCGGUAAACUCGUACCCAAAUCGGGCCAAGAGGACAGAGGACAUCGGCGGUCGACACCCCCGCGAAAGCCGCCCCCCCUACCACCAGCAGCACAACGUACCGCCUCAUCCCUCCACAUCCCUCCAUCCUCACGAACUAGGAUAUAAAGGAUUACAGUCAACGCUGCCGUCGAUUGCAGAUCAUCCGAGCCCCGGACUUUCAGCGUUUCGCCCGGCCGCUGAGUGGUCCUUCUAGCCGGGGAUGCGGCGCCUUGGGCGGGCUAGAGUCGGACGACCAGUCGGGCUCUCAUCCGCAGUGGACCCAUGAAAGACAUCUGACACAAGCACAGAUGGGAUGAGAAUGCGGCGCCACAGGGUGUUCUUGCUGUGCACGGUUGGGCUGUGUGUCAUCUCCUUCCUGCACUACUACAAGGCCCUCCAUUAUGUGUCCCUACUGCGUGAGCUGUCCGCACCGUACCCUAACAUCAAGUCCAUCAUUAUGGUUACCGGAUUCUUCUGGCAAGAGAAAAGAACUGAAACCGGUACGCAGCUCAGCCCCGCUUACCCCGAGGAGGCGCCCCCACUCCCGGUCGUCUACCCGUCGGACACCAAAGCCAGAGGGGGCGCUUUGGUGGGAAUGGCGACAGACGAGAUUGAGGUAGCAGUGGGAUCUAACAUGUUGGGCAAUGGGGGACUGGAGAUGAGGGCCAUGGAGGUGCCGGCGCCUCCUCAUCCUUGGGAGAAACCAGAUGAUGGACUGAAAGUUGACAUUCAGACACAGCAGGAAAACCAUCCCAACCCACCUGUGCACACUCACGCGCCACAAGACCCGGCCCACCCGGCACCGUUCCGUAAGGUCAAACCGCCCCCGGACUUGUUGGAAUCCAUGGGCGACCUGCACACUCGCACUUACCAGCUGCGAGAUGACAAGACCUCGUUCUUCGCUCGAACCCGAGCUGGAGCACUGUGCUUCCGGCAGGGCACUGAAGUGGCCAGCCCCAGGGAGAAAGCGGGCGUCGCCAAGGAGGGUGGCCGCAACACCGCCCAGCGAAAACCUCUGGAGGUCCAACAGCAGGCCUCGAUCACAUCCAAAACCAGGGUCAUUCGGGGUGGCAAGCGGCUGGUGAAGUGCGUGUGCCGGCCCGGCUGGCACGGACCCUACUGCGGAGUGCCCACCAUGGUGUACCACUCCAACCUGCCAACCAAGGAGCGGCUAACGCCCAGAGAGACGCCUCGCCGCGUCAUUAACGCCAUCAAUGUCAACCAUGAGUUUGACCUGCUGCACGUACGCUUUCACGAGCUGGCACAGGCUGUAGACCUUUUCAUUGUGUGCGAAUCCAACUUCACCGCCUAUGGGGAAAAAAGACCUCUCAGUUUUUUGCAUCUGCUCCUGAACGGUACUUACGACUAUGUGCGCCACAAGAUCCUGUACGUUUUCCUGGAUCAUUUCCCUGAAGGCGGUCGGCAGGAUGGCUGGAUAGCAGAUGACUACCUUCGCACCUUCCUGACGCGCAAUGGUAUGUCACGGGUAGAGGGCGGCCGGCCGGACGACGUCUUCGUCAUUAAUGACGCCGAUGAGAUUCCAGCCCAUGAGGGCCUCCUCUUCCUCAAACUCUUUGAUGGCUGGACAGAGCCCUUCGCCAUUCACAUGCGCAGGUCUCUGUACGGCUUCUUCUGGAAGCAGCUUGGCUCCCUGGAGGUGGUAUCGGGCUGCACGAUGGGCAUGCUGCGUGCCGUCUACGAUGGCGACGGCAUCAAGCUGCGACGACGCGAGUACUACACCAUGGCGGGCUUCCGCAAGUACGAGAAUGACACGGGCCACAUCCUGGUGCAGUGGUCAUUGGGCAGCCCUUUUCACUUCGCCGGUUGGCACUGCUCCUGGUGCUUCUCACCUGAGGGCAUCCUCUAUAAGCUGGUGUCGGCCCAGAACGGUGAUUUCCCGCGCUGGGGCGACUACGAGGACAAACGCGACCUGGGUUACAUCCGCCAGCUGAUCCGAACCGGCGGCUGGUUUGACGGCUCGCUGCAGGAGUACCCGCCUGUGGACCCCAAGGAGAUCAUGUACGCCCCCAAGUACAUGCUGGACCACUACCCACGAUACCGCUACCUCCUGGAAAACCCCUACGCCGGACAGCGUUGAGACAAGCGCUAAGAUCGUCGUACAGACUGGAUGCAACCACUGGAUUUACGCGAGUGCUCAUUUCCUGCCGCGACCUAUCACCGCAGCCCUUUUUCUGGGUGUGUAUGACGUAUUUAAGUUGUCUUCUUGUCACCUUUGGAGAUUUCCCACACACACCCUGCUGAAUGAAGACACUGACACACACUCAACCCACGUGCACCUUUCUGUGUGUGAGCGUGCAGGUAGAGAGAUAGAUGUGUGAACUUGUGUGUUUGUGCCAAUACAACGGUAUUGGGUGUGUGCUUGUGAUUCAAAGGGAAGUUUUGCUGUGAUUUUGUCUUUCCAUAUGUAAAUUAUGUGUCAGGGUGUCCAAUCAGUCAAAGUCUUGAGUGUGUGGGCCUGCGUCUUAUAGGGAGUUCUACAGUGAUUCCGUUGCUUUAUUUCCUCCAUCUGAAUUGCAGGUGUGAGCAUGUGCAGUUGGUUAGACUCUUGUCUCCUUGGAAACAAAAAGUAUAUAACAGGAAGAUGAGUGGGCAGUUUUGUGCGUGUGUGUGUGCAUGCUUGUAUUUGUUUGGUUCAAGUCAGGUCACGGCUCCUUAAAGCUACGUUAGUCACUCAAGUUCAAGUUGUAUAUCUUGUUAGUCACAGGACAAAAUGCACAAAGAUGGACACACGAAACACACUGAAUGACAUAAUACUGAAAAACACAUAGACAGUCAAUAUCACACACUGUCGGAUGUACACAAAGAUAUAAGCACAGAUACACUUUGUGGCAAAACCCCCAUGGCAAGGAUAGAAUAAUGGUUAAUCGGACAGAAGGCAGGACAGCACGACAGAGCUAGAAAUUAACUGCUUCCUGAUUGCCCGGGCCAGCUAAUAAUAUCUCACAGGCAAAGUAAUAAAACAUUAGACGUUAACAUAAUUAGUGAUUUAUUGUACGAAAUACAGUGUUUGAGCUGUCCACUCGCAGCAUCGCCAAUGGCAACUUGAAAGUUGUCCAGAUUAAAAGUCCUACCCAACGGAGCAUGCCAGUUCUACCGAGUAGUUUCGAUUUUCCUCCGCUUUGUAAAAUGCUUAAAGUGGACGCCGAGUAAGGAAGCGGUGAUGACCAUACAUGGAAGGAUCAGGGGCAAAGAGCAUAUCUCGCAAAGUCAGUAGCUGCGGAAGACAAGUUCCAAUGCCGAGACGAUUAGUGCAGAAUUAAAGCAAUUACCGCAACAUAGAUGUCAAUGGUCAAUGUGUAUUGCAAUUUGCAAUAGUUCUUGUUCAUCAGUUGAGCUACUAAUCCUAGCCCCUGGAAGACCAACAGCAGCAUCAAUGGGUCGGUCCAAAGUCGUAGCUAGUCAAUCGGGAGCUCAAGGGAAGAAGUUACGGGGCCCUCCACAUCCACGUGAACUCUGAUACUGGUAAAAACAUCAUUAUGCUACAUGUUUACAAGGCUUGAAGUUCAAUCCACCACUCAAAUGUGCUACUGUGAUGGAAUACUUUUUUAUUAGAAUUCCUAAGUAAAAUCAGCAUACCGUAAUUUUCGGACUAUAAGCCGCUACUUUUUUUCCUCAUCUUGUUUCCUGCAUCUUAUAAUGACACUAACACCAUUUAUGUCCAGCUGGGAUCUUUACAUCCAUUCAAAAGUGAGAUAAUUUGCCGGAUGACACAAAAUGACAUCUGUCAUAAGUAUUCAUUCAUGCUCAUGGCAGUGUCAUGUAGUCCUGUCGCGAUAACAAAUUUUAGUGUGCGAUAAUCUAUCUCAUAAAUUAUUGUGGUAUGCGAUAUUAUUGCACUCCCCCCCAUUUUUUUAAAAACCAAUUUACAAUAACACAGUCAGAAUAUAGUAUAUAUUAGUAGAUCAAGUACACCCAUUUAGAAGCGAUAAAUAUUUACUCUUAAAUUCAAAAAUACUUUUUAAGAAAUCACAACUAAAAACAAAAGACCAUGUCUCUUAAGUAUAAGACAACAAUAUUAAUACCGCGCAGAAACACAGAAUAAAUGUGUUUUUCAAGAAAAAAAAUAUACAAUUGCAGUUAAUAACUUAAGCAUAUCGGCAAAUGAAAACUUUUCCUCUCAGAGCUUCUGCAAUGGUGUUCCAUAGGGAGGCAACGAUACAGUUAAGUCACGGUUCGGUACGAUUUUUGAUACAGGGGACAUGAUUUUCCAUUUGAUACAAUACAUUUAAUGUUGUGAAAAAAUAUAUUUUUUUUGUUUCGUUUUUUUUUUUUUUGCUAACGAGCAAAAAUUAAAUUGCCAUCAUACAAACAUGCAUUUUAGUGCAUAAUAUUUAUGUGCUUCUUACUGAUCUGAAAAAAAAAUUGUAUAAAAGUACUGAGAACAAUCUUUACUGUUUGUAAAGUGAGGUGGGGCACACUAUUGAUUGCUACAGCUCUCUUAGCAGCUAGGUUUACUACAUGAGCAAGACAUCCUAUUUGUGGUCCAAAUCCAUCUGUGUCACGUACUGAAUUAACAAUAUUUGCAACAUUAUCUAUAGUCACUGGUAUGGGUUGAUUUGGCCUUCUUAACUUCCAUUCAGUCAUGACAGUUUAGAAUUCAUCAAUGUAGUAUAUGGACAACUUGUCCCAUAAUCACUCUGGGUUCACGUGGCCAAUGGCAUGGGACGUAGCACAUCUAGUUCAUGAUAUCUAGUGUGUGCGCGCAUUAAAAAAGUCGCUGAAGUCACGUCUGCUCAUUACUACACAACACCAGCAUAUAACAAUCGACUUUCAUAAACAGGACGAGUUUGAAGCACAGCGCUCUUAAUCUGACACUCAAUAUUCAUUCAGCUGUUCAUUGUCAAAGCGAGGUUGUUCGUAGCUGCCAAGUCGGUAACAAUGUUUUGGCGGACUUCGUUGUAAAUAUCCGGCGUUGUGCCGCAAAAUAGCCGCCCCGCGUGAAAUGUCACUCCUGACGGGAGCGCCCACACGUCAACAACACCGGUGCGCCGCUAGUUUUUGCCGGACCUGGGACGAAGAUGCAUUUUGCGCAGUUGGUAACAAGGAAUCCGAACUUUAAACGGCAUGUCUGCCGCACGCACGCGCGCACGCACGUGAACGCGAGGCGAUAAAUAGAAGGGGAAAAAUUACUGCCUUCAUUUUUAUUUAUCGUGCGAUAAAUGGAAUUAUUGCAUAUUGCAACAGGCUUAGUGUCACGUCAUAAUUAUGAUGGUCUUAUGACAGGCUUAUUACACCACUGUCAAAUAAAGUGUUAAUAAGUACCAUAACUAACAAUUAAAGAAACAACUAGAACAGUAAAUAAAGAAAUAAAUUCGUGCAGAUCAUAAAUGUUAUGUUGUUAUUUACAUCUGUAGCGCUGCAAUGCAUGCUAGGAGCCAUGUUGGACCACAACAGAGUUGACAGCAGGUGGCAGUAGAGGUUGACUGUCUCCCCCAAAGCAGCAGUGAUGGCCAAAUGACGUUUCUUGAAGCAAUGAAGCUUGGCAGACAAUGGUUCAAAGCUUCGUGGUGGUUCAUUUGGUCUUAUAACAGUCUUAUGAUGCUGCUGUAAAAUAUAGUGUUAGCGAUUCAUAUCUUUUGGUAUAAAUAUCGCAUAAUACAGUGAGGACAGCCUCGGCUUAUAGUCCAGUGCGGCCUAUCUAUGAACAAAUGCCGUUUUCGUGUCAAAUUUGGUAGGUGGCGGCUUAUAGUCAGGUGCGGUUUAUAGUCCGAAAAUUAUGGUAGUUAUUCUUUAUAUUCAUCAUAACAUUUAGGCCUGGCCUACAGAAAUAUCUGCUUCUUACGUGGGCUGUAUCCAGUUUUGUGUCGGUCAUACUGUUGAAUAAUUUAUUUCUUUGUUUAGAAAAUAAUUCCCCACUUCCCUGCCCCAGAAAAAUAACACUAAAUCAGAUUCCAAAUAUUUGUUUGUAUAAAAAUAAAGGCAAUUAGAAUAUUUUUCCUAAUUGUUUAGCCCUCAUUCCGAUUGAUGACUAGGUAGUUUAAAUUGUUUAUUUACAUUUUGAUUUAUAUUUAUUUUACAUAUAUGUACAGAGAGAGAGAAAUCCUUUCAUUUUAUUUUUCUAAAAAUGAUUUUCGGGUGAGAUGCUGCAAGAGGGCAAACUGCCACGGACAAGUAAAAAAAAAAAUAAAAAAAAAAGAAUAUAUUUUUUUAAUUUACUGCCUGAAAAAAUUCAUUUAGAGCGCUGACAGAAAUGUGAUUAGUUAACCACGAUAAUGAUAGAUAACAGGAGGUAUGUGUUGAGUUACUAUGACAACAGGUAAAAGGAGAGGUUAGUUAUCAUGGUGACUGAAAGUGUGCUUACCAUUGCAACCCAAAACUUUUGUCUGUAUUCAGCCGUAAUUGUUGGGAAAGUAUGACAUUGAUGAGAUAAUGAGCAACACAGUUUCAGUGGAAAUGCAGUCACAGCCAUAAAUCAGACCUCCAAAGCUUUGGGCGUUAACAAAAUGACCCUCAUGGCCUCGUACGGCCUCAUCUCCUUGAGUUUUCAGCAGGCUGACAUUGUGAUGUCAUUAUGUCGGUAUUUAACUUGGGAAGGAAGUAUGACAGCUAAUUCUGAGAAAAUGUUCCCAUCAAAGAACUGAGUCAGUCGAUUAAUUUGAAUUAUGGGAAUUUUAUUUAUCUUAAUUUAAUUUAACGUGUAGAUUUUAUCAAUUAAAAUAAUAAAUUCAAUUUUUUAAAUUGUAAAUUUAGCAUCCCAGUUUUAAAUGUAAGAUUAACCCCAUUCUUGCCAAAUGUAUCACGUUUGAUACACUUAGAAUUUCAUGAUUUUCAGACUAAUUCAGAAUUUUGAAAUAUCUUUCCUCAAAAAAAAAACAAAAAAAAUGGAUGCAAGUCAACUCAUGCAUCUGCAAGUUCCAUGAGAAAAAAAAACAGGAUUUAGCAAGGGUUAUAAAUAUUAGAGCAUUUACUACACAUAUUUUUUUUUCUUUUUUACAAAUUUGAAAAAAAGGUUUCAUUAAGACCUUAUUUUCCAAAUUGUGUGAUUCUUUGACAAUUGCUUCAUUUUGCAGGCAUUAAAGGGUUAAAAUGAUUUUUUUUUUUUUUUUUUUAAAUAUCUAAAAUUUGCCUUAGUAGCACUUUUUAGUCAGAUAAAAAAUACAUUUUGAUAAAAUAUUAAAGCAAAAUAUUAAAUCUAAAAAUUCAAUGGUUUCAUAUUAAUUACAAAAUAGCUCACAGUAACUAAAUCUGUAAUGUUUAUUUAAUUAACAAGUGAAAUUAAAGUAUACUGUUGCGAUCAUGAACUUUUAUUUUCUCAAUUCAAAAUCAAGUAGAAUUAAAUCGUUCAUCCACCUGAAAUCUAAUAUGUAUUUUUUAAUUACUACUCUGUUAAAAGUAAAUGAAAGGUUUUAUUUAUGUAUUCAUCAAAAUUUUAAAUAAUUUAAAUCACAUUCAUAUCCACUAAUUAACACCACAUUAAGUUAGCUUAAAUACAUUAGAAAACUUGCUUGGAAAAAAAAAACAUUAGCCUUGCAGCAUAGUUUCCAAAAUCAUUCUUAAUCUACUUUCACUGCAGCAAAAACCUCUGAUGAGAAUGAAUUGAGGCAACUUGGCUCUUGUUUUUAUUUUUUUUAUAUUUUUUAUUUGUGAAAGGUUAUGUAGAGAGUUUUAAAUCCUUUGUGGGUGUGGCUAAGAUCUCUAGCUUGAUUUUUUUUUUUUUUUUUUUUUUUCCGGCUGACAAACAGGAAAUCGAUGAGACGCUCAAAGUGGAAAUGGGGUUGCAAGAAUCAAGUGAUGCUAAUGGAGCGCAAAUGUUGCGCAAACAUCAAAAUCAAUUGGUCCUUGCUCUCAAUCACUCUUUGCCUUUUUUAAAAAGCUCCACAUGGUCAACCAUUUCACAUUUUCAUCCAGUCACCACUGUUUUCAUUUUGUAAAGACUUACAGUUAAAUUAGUUAGUAAAAGUGCAAGACAAGGUUUUGAUCAAAUGCAUCUCAGUGGAAAUAAUCACUUUACCAAUUCGAAAUAAAAACCGAAUUUCAUUUGUAUGAUGUGUAAUAGAAAACAUCAAUAGUAGCCCAUAUCUCCAGUAAGUAGGCAAAAUAGCUGUUGUCAGAAUUUUUUUAAAUAACAGCACUACUUUAGCCAAUCAAAUACAAGUACAGUGGUACCUCUACAUACGAAUUUAAUUUGUUCCAGGACCUGCUUUCUAAGUCAAAAUGGGACAGGAUUUUCCCAUAACAAUACAUUAUAAUACAUAUAUUACAUUAAUUUGUUCCACACCCCAAAACCCUUUGCUAAAUACCUGGUCUGAUUACAAAUCAAUUACACAUAGCAGAACAAGUAAAUUAUAAAUACAAAUCACAAUACGAACGAUAAUAGUAAUAGUGUAACAAAUCGGGUUCUGAUUUGGCGGUUGUGUUUUGCAUGCUGAACCAUGUGGCUGACUCGAGAGUGAGAUAGGUGCGGAAGAGAGAAGUUUUUAUUUUCUCUUUUAAUGUUGUUGGUGUCGGCUACGGCGGACAGUAGUGUUGCACAAAUUCUGAAAUAAAUGAUUAAAAACCUGACGAAGCUGGCAACUUCCCUGCUGAUGUCAUGAUAAUAAUAAUUGUCAACUUAUAAAGACUGGCGAAUGGAAGUUGGAGGAGGACUUUCGAGAUCGUAGACAUAUACCAAGCCAGUUCAUUGACAUGCACACCAUGCUCAUAUUUUUCAAUCAUUUCUAUCUUAAUUUCAAUAGUAACUGUCACCUUUUUUCAUUUUUUUUCUCCACGUGCACUAACAUUCUUGAACUCAUGUUGAUUUCUUUUGCAAGAAAAUCAGCUGUGCUGCCGUAUUGUGGGAAAAGAAUGAAAUUGCGACAUUGUCGUAAAUUGUCAUAUUUCGAGCAUGUUGUCAUAUUUUGAGACAAAUAACGAGUCAAAUUUUACGUUGGAUGUCGAAAGGAUCGAAUGUCGAGGUACCAGUUUUUCAGAUUGUCCUGUCAUAACGUAUUGGCUACCCACUGUAGUAUGUGUGUCUAUUGGAGACAGAUUGAACAGGUACAGAAAUGAUAACAAAGGUGCCUAUUUUCUUGCCAAUUUUUUAACUGUUUCGAAUAUAUCAGUGUUUAAGUGCUAUAUGCACACACACAAUGGCUGUGCUCACAAGUGGUGUCAUUUUGUUUAAACAUUAUUUUCUCCGUUAUCGCAAUUUUAAAAAUUGGCGAUGUGCAUAUUUGAAUUCUUUAAGAAACCAUAUUUCACAUGAAGGUCAUUUAUGCCGGACUUUUCUUUUUCUUUAAAUUUUUCAUUCUUUCAUUGUAGGAAUGGCAAUCGAUUUUUUUCGGCAGUUUUAUUGCUCCUUCUGCUGUGUCGUGAAAAAGCAUUGAAUUGUUCCAUCCGUCACUUUAUAUACUUCAAAGGCAGAUAUAAAAAUAUAACAAAUUUUGUCAAAAAUAGGAAUUUUUGGACCAUAUCAAUGAGAUCGGAUACAGUGAUCCCCCGCAGUGUAUUGAUCCCUCUGUUAAUUUCCCCAAAGUUUUGAACAUAGAUGACCAUCAAGCACAUUUUUCUCAAACUAAUUUAUUUGAGAAUCUACAUCAAUAUUCUUACCCAUGUAUGACCAUUAUAAAAUGUUGCUACAGCCGUGGUGUAAAAAGUGAUUCUUAAAGGGAACAUCGAACUUAAAGACUUGUAGGCUCUAAUAAGCCACAACUGUUCUCUUUUACUAUAAAAUGUUGCCAUUGAUUUAAAAAUCUGUAAUAUUUAGUACACGUUUUGACCUACGGAGGGCACUGUGUUUUUAUACCUACAAUGGACACUCGGGAUGAUGACGUAGAUUCUCACUGUCACUCGACGAAUAUUACCGGGUUACUGCAAUUCCUUCUAUACGGCGAGAUGUCAAAGCUGAAAGGGCUUUGUAGUACUUUGGGUGUCAAAUUUGCCUCUUGUAGAUGUUUUGCCGGUGUAGCACAUUUUAGCAGAACACCGUUUUCUUUCCCCCUACUCUAAUCUCAUCCCAUCUUACCUGUUCACUUUGCUUUUGCUGCUCGUUUUGUGAAAUAUAAUCAGUGCUGUCAUGCUCAUUAAUGUUCCUCUCGGUUUCAAAUUGAAAGGGUUGAAAACAUGACAUGUUUAUGUCAUGAGAGGCAUCUCUGGAAGCCCAGCAGCGUGACCAUGUGACGUAAACAACACUGACGUCCUACUAGUUAAACUAAUUUUACAAAUUGUAUAAAACCAAAAACAUCAAGAGGGGUUUCAAUAUCAAAUUAUUUUAACUCAUAAUGAUGUUUAUCUUUUAAGAAGUACAAGUCUUUUAUCCGUGGAUCCCUUGAAGAUGAUUGUCUAGUUUAACAAUCUAAAUCAUGCGGUCUCGUGGAAAAAGCUGUUAGUACAUCCCCCUCACAGUUCUGAGAUUGUUGGUCCCGGCUAUGAGCUCCCUGUGUGAUGUUUGAACCGGCAUGAUAGGCUGGUUAAACACUCCCAAAUUGUCCGUAGGUGUGUGUGCGCAAAUGAUUGUCUGUCUCCAUGUCUGGCUGGCAACCAUUUGAGAGUGUACCCGUCCUCCUGCCCGUUGUUAGCUGGGAUAGACUCCAGCAACCCCGCAACCCUCGUGAGGAUAAGCAGUUCAGAAGAUAAAUGAAUGAAUAAUCUAAAGCAAAAACCAGGGAAGUACUUCUUUUCAUUCUUCUUCUUUGGACAAAUUUAAUUUCAGUCAUUACACAAUAGUGUGCUGCAAUCUAGUGGCGGACAGCGGAAUCACAUCCAAAAUAAAUGUGAGGCAAAACAAAGUGUACAAAGAAAAUUGCUAUAGAGCGUGAAAGUGGGGGGAGGAGGUUACUGGAAUAGGUUGUGUGUCUGUGUGCAUGUUUGUGUGCCUGUAAAUGACCAUUCUCUCUAUCCUUACGGUCACCUUUUAAAGACACAAUCAUAUUUUUACCACAAAAUAAGGCGGCGUGGGGUCGGUCUCCAUGGCGACCAGCCAGGUGAAGUUGGGAGAAAAGGCCAGGGAGCAGAGGGCUUUGCAUGGGAGGAAAUUCCACACAAUCAUGUAUAUUUUUUGUCGUUGUUGCACUUUCUGUCUUGUUUUGAGAUUUGAUGAAAUGUUCCCUUAAGAUGAAAAAGACUGCGUGCGUGUUUGUGUGUUUUCUAUUUAAAUUUUGGCAGCUUGAUAUUUAAUAUCUUUUGAGGCGUCGCAUGUGUUUCUUGCGUGCGUCUCAGCCUACUGUUAGGAUCGACGUCCACUCACACAUUUUACAUCCUCCAAGGACAUUAAGUUGGUUUAACCAAUCACUGAGGCUUUUUUGUGAUUGUUUUUUGUGUUAAGUAUGACAUUUCCUGUGUCUCUACCUGAGAUUGGUCAUCACUGAGUGCUUGUGUUUUGUGUUGUUUUCUGAAGCAUUUUAACAGUAUGAAUGCACCUUACUGAUGUGUUGUCAUUGUGUAACACAAGUCAUUAUAAAUAUUAGGUUUCUAACAGGGUUGUUGUUAAUGUUUUUGCUUAAUUUUUGUUAAAAAAAAAUGUUUGAAAUGUGUCCUUCUCCAUCAUUUUUGUGUUAAGUAAAAUGUGUUCAAGCCAAAGUGUGGUAGCAUUGACACAACACACACCUAUUAGCCCCUUUCACACUGUAAUGCACACCCAUAAAUUUACAGCUUCUGCGAUGGAAGUCUUCCUGGCAUCCGUUAACAAACCAUUUCACACGGAUUUAACCUUUUGAGGUAGUACAGUAUCAGCCAAAUCGCAAUCAGUUCGGCGGUGUGAAAAUCCGAUGGGUUGAUUUUUGCAAGAGUUAGUUUGAAAGGGGCUACUGUUUGUUGAUGUCCAAUGAAAAGAUCCAAAUAAUGACAGCUUUAUGUUGAAAGCACAUGCAAAAACAAGUGUGAACAGUAUUUUAUUUUGACAAGAGUAGAACACGUGAACCCCUCUGUCCCUGCACUGAUUGUACAAACUUACAUAGUUUUAUUUUUUUAGAUAUUUUUUGUCCCGUUGAUUUUGGAGGAGUGUGUGCAUGUGUGUGCGUGCGGUCCAGUGGCUUGGUGUUCCAAGAGGAGAACUCGGUGGAGGCAGUCGACCACCACUCCACACCCCCAACCAAAAAAUAAGAGGCAUGGGGGUAAAACAAAACAAUUUUUUCUUAAAAAAAAAAAAAAAAAAACAUGGACUUUUGGUGAUGGGUCAAAAAAAAAACGUCAAGAAAAUCAAGCAUUUGGGAAUGAACUUAACUCAUGUGUUUAGUCACAUGACUGGAUGUAUGCUAACCAUCAACAACAAAUAAAGCUCUAUGGCAAUGAUAUAAUAAAUUUUAAAAUGUUCACAAUGCUCUUUUUUUUUUUUUUAAUUUGUGAUGAGGCGUGAAAGUUUUAGUGACAUUGCAAGACUAUUCAUCGUAUUUUUACCUUGUGCUUUCCUUGGUUGCCUUUUUAGAGAAGUUUUGCAUGAUAAAACUCAAAAUUAAAAAAAAAACAUUUGAAUUUUAUUCUCAAAGUUCAGAGGUUUUAUUUUGAUUAAAAUAAAAAUGCCACCAGAAAAUGUACAAAUGCAUUUAAAAUUUAGGUUAAAACGCAUUUUUAUGAAGAACUAAGAGGGGACCUCCAAAAUCUUACAUUGGUAAGUAUGUUAUUGUUUUCACAUGGAUUAUUGCAGCAUCCAGCAACAAGAAUGAGAAUGAAAGAUUUUGAAGCAAUGUCACUUUGACGUAAUUUACGCUCGUGGCCACUAGGUUAUGCUGUUUUAUCAAAUAUAAUUAUAGCACCAGGACAGGACACCUAUGAGGAAAACGUGGAAGAGAAAAUGGCUUUUUCUUUUCACCUUUUCAGGGACAGUGGUCAGGCUGCAUCAAGGAUUAACAAAAAAUGGGACUAAUAGUAGCUUAACUCAUUCACCGCCAGCCCAGGUCAGUUUGUCGUAGUAGUAAAAGAGCGAAAUUGAUAUUGCAAACACCUACUAGUCCUUCUCAAAAAAUUAGCAUAUUGUGAUGAAGUUCAUUAUUUUCUGUAAUGUACUGAUAAACAUUAGACUUUCACAUAUUUAAGAUUUAUUACACACAACUGAAGUAGUUCAAGACUUUUAUUGUUAAUUAUAUUGAUGAUUUUGGCAAAAAAAAAAAAAAAAGUCAAGAAAAAACAAAAAUCCCUAUCUCAAAAAAUUAGCAUAUUUCAUCCAACCAAUACAAAAAAAGUCAACCUUCAAUUAAUUAUAUCUGCUAUGCACUCAAUACUUGGUCGGGAAUCCUUUUGCAGAAAUGACUGCUUCAGUGCAGCUUGGCAUAUAGGCAAUCAGCCUGUGGCACUUUUGAGGUGUUAUGGAGGCCCAGGAUGCUUCGAUAGCGGCCUUAAGCUCAUCCACAGUGUUGGGUCUGCUGUCUCUCAACUUCCUCUUCACAAUAUCCCACAGAUUCUCUAUGGGGUUCAGGUCAGGAGAGUUGGCAGUGCAAUUGAGCACAGUAAUGCCAUGGUCACUAAACCAUUUACCAGUGGUUUUGGCACUGUUAGCAGGUGCAAGGUCAUGCUGAAAAAUGAAAUCUUCAUCUCCAUAAAUCUUUUCAACAGAUGGAAGCAUGAAGUGCUCCAAAAUGUCCUGAUCGCUAGCUGCAUUGACCCUGCCCUUGAUAAAACCAACACCAGCAGGGACAUGGCACCCCAGACCAUCAUUGACUGUGGGUACGUGACACUGGACUUCAUGUUUUUUGGCAUUUCCUUUUCCCCAGUCUUCCUCCAAACUCUGGCACCUUGAUUUCCGAAUGACAUGCUAAAUUUGUUUUCAUCUGAAAAAAGUACUUAGGACCACUGAGCAACAGUCCAGUGCUGCUUCUCUGUAGCCCAGGUCAGGCGCUUGUGUCGCUGUUUCAGGUUCAAAAGUGGCUUGACCUGGGGAAUGCGGCACCUGUAGCCCAUUUCCAGCACACGCUUGUGCAUGCUGGCUCUGGAUGUUUCUACUCCAGACUCAGUCUACUGUUUCUGCAGGUCCCCUGAAGGUCUGGAAUCGGCCCUUCUCCACAAUCUUUCUCAGGGUGCGAUCACCUCUUCUGGUUGUACAGCGUUUCCUGCCACACUUUCCUUCCCACAGACUUCCCACUGAAGUGCCUUGAUACAGCACUCUGGGAACAGCCUAUUCCCCUAGAAAUUUCUUUCUGUGUCUUAGCCUCUUGCUUCAGGGUGUCAAUGAUGGCCUUUUGGACAGCAGUCAGGUCGGCAGUCUUGUCCAUGAUUGCGGUUUUGAGUAAUGAACCAGGCUGAGUUUUUAAAAG